UCUCCAACAAUAAUAAAGAGAAUCAAUCUCUUUCUUUUUCAGAGAAGAAUAUUUAGUAAACAUUGAUUCUAAAGUCAAUUUCUAGUCUUUAGAGAGAAGGUUAUAUGAGUAGCUUUUGAGUGUCAGAUAUGAUUCGAAGGAAAACUAAGCUGAUCAAAAAAUGCUAUAAGUCUCAUUUGAUCUUCCAAUUUUCACAGAUUCUCUUCAGUCCUCGAAACUUGAAUACAUGCUGAUCGGUUCUCUUCUUGUUCUCCUCCUCUAUAUCUGAAAGACCAUGAAGAGUUUCUCUUCCUGUUCCUCUGUCUUCUAAACUCCUGAAUCAAAAGCUACUUUAUACUUCCAUUCUUUAAAGCCAUGUUGUUUUAGUCUUUGCCUUUGAAUUUUUUUCAUACUCUUUUCCCCUCACCUCACCUACAUCAUCAUAUGUUUGAAACUUGAAAUCCACCUUGAAUUUUGAUUUUGUUUCACUUUAUUUUCCUCCUUUUGUGUCUGUGGAAGGAACCUAUGCUAAUGUGUUCAGAAACAAGUCCUCCUCGUCUCUCUUUCUCUCAUGAUCUGUCUGAACUACAAGUUCUGCCACUGAUCCAAGAUGUUCAUUUCAGAGACACUUUGCUUCUGGACUCAAAUCCUGAAUUUGAGUUUAGCACAAGCAGUAUCCUUGAAUUUGAAUCAUCUUCAGCAGAUGAACUUUUCUCCAAUGGAGUGAUCCUUCCAACUCAGAUACAAGACAACAAAACCACCACUCCAAAACACAGUCAUCAUGUGGAGCCUCCUCAUUCAAAACUUCCUCCGCGUCCAUCACCAAGUGUUGACAAAGUGAAGAAAGAAACCAUUAGAGAACUCAUGAUAGAUGUCAGUGCUAAUGGUGAGAGAAAGAAAUCAUCUUUCUGGGGAUUUAGUAGAAGUAAGAGUCUCAAUUGUGAUGAUACAAAGAAGAUUAUGGUUUGCCCUUUACCUCUUUUGUCAAGAAGCAACUCAAUGGGUUCAGUGGCAAAUUCAAAGAGAAUGAGUUCAAACAAGGCAGCUAAGUCAUCAUCAUCAUCAUAUUCAUAUCCUAUGCAAAAAUCUACUUCAGGUAAGACCUAUGGAGGAUCUUUUGGCAAUGGUCAUUGGGUUAGUCCUGUCUUAAAUGUACCAACUCCUUGUGUUUCAAAGGGAAGUUCAAAUCUCUUUGGGUUGGGUUCAUUUUUACGUGUAGGCAAGGUCAAGAGGAACAAGAAGUGAUUGUGUCUGUUUGGAAACUUUUCUACAAUUGAUUCUGAAGGCGUAAUUAUGUGGAGAAGCUUUGUUUAUGGGUUUCAGAAUUAAUUCUUUUGAAAGAGAAGCUGCUUAUCCAAACGUGUUAUAAUUAGUCCUAUCAUCAUAUCAUGUCAUGAAUUCAUAUUGGCUUAUUAUCAUAAUCAUUGUUUGUUAUGAUCAGACAAGAAAGUGAGUGAAUAGAAGUUAAUUAGCAUGGUAGUCUGUGAAUUUCAUAAAGUUGCAUCAAUAUAAUGAUUGUUAUAAGAUGAGAUUACAAGAAAUAUGUCAUGUAUCUUGUGAAGGCCAAGUUAACGAGCUAGAGAGACAGAACAACUAGAAUCCAUAUUUAAUGUUUUGUCCCAUUUGGCCUUGUUUUGGGAUUACUCCUAACUAUAGAACACUGCCUUUUGGUGCUUGUUCA